UAAUGACUGUCAUCUAAAUUGUUCUUCCAUUCUAUAUAAAAUAUGGUUCACAAUGAUAAUGAUAGUGACCUCUCCUACACACCAGGAGAUAGUGCUUGUAGCAGUGAGGGAUCCUCUCCUUUAGUAUCCAGAUGUCAAUCUCCUGUUUCAUUUGGAGCUUACACAUCACUUAUUGAACGUAUUAAUCAUCGAAUUGAAUCAGGGGAUAAGUUUUUUUCUCUAGAAUUCUUCCCUCCAAGGACUAAGAAUGGAGCUGUUAAUUUGUUGGCAAGAUUUGACAGAAUGCAUCGUGGAGCUCCUUUGUUCUGUGAUAUAACUUGGCAUCCUGCUAGUAACCAAUGCAAUGAAUCGGAAACCUCCAGCAUUACCAUAGCUAGUGCAGCACUUAAUUACUGUGGCUUGGAUACAAUGUUACACAUGACUUGCUGCAACAGUACAAAAGAAGAGAUAGAUGUCUAUCUGCGAAAAGCUCGAGAUUUGGGAAUCAAGAAUAUAUUAGCUUUAAGAGGUGACCCUCCUAUUAAUGAGGACUGGGUGCCACCAUCUAAGGAGUUCAGUUAUGCUAGUGAUCUUGUUCGUUACAUUCGGGAGACUUUUGGGAAUUACUUUGUAAUUGGUGUGGCAGGUUACCCGACAGGCCAUCCAGAUGCUAUGUCUUAUGACGAUGACUUACGACAUUUAAAAGAAAAGGUUGAUGCUGGAGCAGACUUCAUCAUCACUCAGAUGUUUUUUAAUGCCCAAACUUUCAUCAGUUUUGUCUGUGACUGUAGACGAAUUGGAAUUGACGUACCAAUCAUUCCUGGAAUUCUUCCCAUUCAGAGCUUUGACUCUCUGCGACACAUUGUGAAGCUGUCCAAGUUAAAAGUGCCUGAAGAAAUCAUCACUGCAAUAAAACCUAUUCGAGGGAAUGACGAAGCAAUUAGACGGUUUGGUGUCAAUUAUGCAGUCCAACUCUGUCAAGAAAUUUUAUCCUCUGGUAUGGCACCAGGACUUCACAUCUAUACUCUUAACCGGGAAGUUGCUACUACUGAAAUUCUUAAAACACUAGGAUUGUGGGGACAAUCUCCUCAAAAGCCUCUUCCAUGGCCAACAGCUGCCAAUCAUAGGAGAUGCGCUGAGGAGGUGCGACCAAUCUUUUGGAGUUACCGUCACAAAAGCUAUAUCUACCGCACUCAAACGUGGGAUGAUUUCCCAAAUGGCAGAUGGGGGUUGUCUUCUUCCCCAGCAUUUGGUGAACUGAAAGAUUAUUAUCUUUUCUUCAUGAAAAGUAAAAGCUCCAAAGAAGAACUAUUGAAAAUGUGGGGAAAAGAAGUGACAUGUGAGCAAGAUAUCUGGAAUGUUUUCUAUUGUUAUCUAACAAGUUCUGUCAACGAAGAUGGCUAUCUGGUCACACGUAUUCCAUGGAAUGAUGAUGAACUGUGUCCUGAGACAGCCCUGAUUGCUGAUAAAUUGGCAACUUUUAAUAAAAAUGGAGUUUUAACAAUAAACUCCCAACCAAAUAUCAAUGGAGUGCCAUCUUCAGACCCUACUGUUGGGUGGGGGUUUCCAGGAGGAUAUGUAUACCAAAAGGCUUAUUUAGAGUUCUUUACCUGCAAGCAAAAUGUGGAUGCUCUAAAAGAAGUUUUGCCAAAUUAUCCACUAGUCAACUAUCAUAUCGUCAAUAAUUCAGUAAGUUAAUUACCUAAGUCAACUGUCAUAUCGUCAAUAAUUCAGUAAGUUAA